AGGAAACACACCCAAGAAUUUCACAUCAGUGUUACAUUCUAAUACAUUUGACAAAGCACCUCAAAGCUCUAUAACCUCUUCUGGGUCCCUCUCACAAUGAAGCUGCCGGGCCUCAUUAAUCUUUGUCUCAUAGUGAUCCUGGCCUCUCUCUCAAAAGGUCAAAAGUGGAGCAUUAAUGUCCCCAGACACAUUAAUGCAACAGUGGGCUCACAUGUGACCAUACCAUGUACUUUUACCCAUCCGUACGCAGGCAACACACCAAAUGUUCAAGUUUACUGGAAAACGCUUUCUGAGAAAUUUAAAUAUAAAACCAAUGACAAGGACGAUUUUGCAUUCAUUUUUCACACAAAUGAAACAUUUGUGAUUGAGAAGUACAGAGGAAAGACCAUGCUCAUCGGGGAUAAAGACAAAGGAAACUGCUCCCUCAAGAUCAAAGACAUCAGAUUUAAUGAACCACGCAUCUAUGUGAGAGUUGUCGCAAAUAAUACACGAUUCAGUUUCAAAAGGGAAUUUACCAACAUUACUGUGCCUGGGGGUAUGCAGGACAAUUCUUUACCUAUAACAGAUAUCACAUUUACCACUGAAGUAACCACAAUUGAGAUGACCAAGAUGACCUCAACACCAUCAACACAAAUGUAUACGGCCAUUUUUGUACCAGUUGCUGCACUUCUGAUCAUUAUUUUUGUUGGUGGAAUUAUCUUUUGCAUAAAACACAAAAGGUCAAAAUCUUUUACCAGGGAGGACUCUGGAUAUUAUGCAAAUUUUAGAAGAACAUCAUCAGACCAAGCCAAAAGAGAAGGAUCUUACAAAAAAGAAGAUAAGAAACUUCCUGAACCAAAGGCCAUUGAUGAACCUGUCUACAUAAACAUGGAGGCCCCUCCAGAUCAGAUGGAUCAAAGUAUGGAUCACACAGAAGGUGUAUAUGCAAAUGUGGAUUAUUUAAAAUAAUAGAAAAGGUACAUUUCAAGGCCUAUCUAUUUGGACUUAAGCUUCAUCUUAAAUUCUAUUUCUGUAUUCUGCAUUGUUUUAUGCACAUGUUCAUGUCUACCAAAUGUGUAAACAUGUGUCAUGGUGUGUGCAAAAAUAAAGUACGCAUGUAAGAUUUGAAAAAUUAUAAACCUACCCUUUAAAGCCUGUCUGAUACUGUAGAAAUUACAUAUAUAUUGGACAAUUUCACCCCUUACAAUUUACAUGAUAGGGAUGAUAGUAAACCUAUUACAUAUAUCACACUUUUGAGACUAUUGCCUUACCUAGGAUGAUUACUUUUCAUGGUUGUUUUUAUUGUUUACAUGUUGCAGUACAAUAAGGAAUGAGGCUCAAAUCUGCUAGUGUGUAAUAUUACCACUAAGUGACACAGGAAAUGUGGGAUAAUGGCUUAAGCAUUUCGCACAUCAGUUUUGCAAGCUGUUCUUAACAUCUCAUGACUGGAGCUUUGUUUUCUGCAGAAUGCAUUCAUGUUAUCUUCUCAAAAGACAGGACGUAGGGGUCAUGGCCUGUAUAUCUACACUUGACACAUUUUGAGUUUAGUGAAAUAAAUAAUUCCAGUCUUUCUCAAUAUGUUUGCCAAUUCACUUCCUGUGUAAUUUGUGCCAGAGCUGAAACUUCUGUUUUCUCUUCUUAUGCAGUGACAGUUUAGGGACUGUACCAAAAAAAAGGGUUAAAAAUGAAAGUCAUUGUUUGCCUUCAGUGAUCUAUGCUCCUCUUCCACUGCACUACAUCUGUGUGUAUAAAAAUGACCUAAACAUAUAUUAGCCAACUGUCUAAAUGCCUGUGCUAAAUAAAGUGGAAGUAAGUAAAGAUGAUGCUGCCACUGUUUUCUGCUUUUACUUUGGUGAGCAACAGGCCCUUUGCAUUUCAGACUCAUACUGAAUUAUGACUCUUCAGACUACACAAAGAAAAUACAAGAAUUGGAAAGUGUAAGU